GUAGCUUUGGCGUGGGAGGAGAAAAGAGUCGCGUCCCGAAAAAGACUUUGUUUACAAAGCAGUCGUGAAAGGAGUGCUUUCAUGUUCAAACUGGAGGCUUUGUUGAUCAAAGGGUCCUUUCCCUCGCUGUAAACACGGAAAAUAAUCUAAUUGACUCAAAUUCGAUAAAAAUCACUACUUGGAAACUUUUCUGAAAUGUUUUGCAAAACUGUACCGUGUUCUCUGCUUCAAAGAUGCUUGCAAGAAGUGCAUUUGAUGCACAUGAAACGUCUUUUUAAAGGUAAUCCAAGUACUUGUAUAGCAUCACUUGAAAGCUGUGAGAAACUACCUGAAAUGGCUGGUGUUCCUCCUAGAAAGCAAAUCAUUCUUAAAAAAGUUGAAUGCUUGCAUAGUGGAAGGAAAAAAAUUAAAAUUUAUCCUCCACCAUCUCUCAUGAGCUCACAAUCCGUGGUGUUACCUGGUCCUGAAAGAAUUAGAGCUUCUGGUGUUACAGACAAUCCUGAGAAAUUUCUAGAAUUUCCAGAUGAGAAGACACGAACUAUUUGUGAUACAGUUGUAACAGGAUUACCAAAAUCUUUUUCUGGUGAGUGCUUAGGCAUAAGAUCACCUCUUCAAACUGGGGAAUACAAAUGGACUUCAUAUUCAGAGGUUGCUGAAAGGAAAGAUUAUAUUGGAUCUGGUUUACUUGAUUUAGGUGUUCCUCAUUCCCAUGAAGCCAUGAUAGGAAUAUGUACAAAAACUAGACCAGAAUUUGUUUUGGUGAUGUUAGCUUGUUCAAGAUAUUCAUUCAUUUUGGUACCUUUAUAUCACUGCUUUGGCACUGAAAAUAUGGCUUAUAUUGCUGAUCAAGUGAAAAUGGAAGUGAUGUUUUGUGAAACUCCAGAAUUUGCUGCAAGUAUUUUAAAAAACAAAGAACUUUAUCCUCAUCUUAAGCAACUAAUCUUGUUUGAUGGCAGUGAAGAUGAAAUUGCUGCACUUAAUUCUUCCGAUCUUAAGGUCAUGUCUUUGAAAGAUCUUGAGAUACGAGGGAAAUUAAAUCUUCAGAAACCAAAAAAACCAGAUCCUGAUGAUCUAUUUUGUAUAUGUUACACCAGUGGGACAACAGGUACCCCAAAAGGUGUUAUGGUUACUCAUCGCAAUCUUCUUUCAUGCAUUGCAAGUCUGGAUGCCGUAUUGGGGGAAUCUGUUCCCAAAAACGAAUCCUUGAUGUGUUAUCUUCCAUGUGCUCACAUUUAUGAAAUUAUAAAUGAGGUUUUUUGCCUUUUUCAUGGUUGCCGGCUUGGAUUCUUCAGUGGAAGCACAGAUACCUUACUUAGUGAUAUUGCAGAAUUAAAACCAGCUGUGUUGCCUUUAGUGCCAAAACUAAUGAAUCUCAUUUAUGCUAGAGUAAAGAAGAGAAUUGGACUAAAUAGUUUUAGAAGAUAUCUGCUGCAUUUAUCUCUUCAACAGAAAGAAAAAAGCUUACAAAAGGGUAUUGUUUCCAAGACGGCAAUUUGGGAUAAAUUGUUAUUUUCAAAAAUUCAAAAGCUGUUAGGAGGAUCUAUUCAAAUGAUUUUCACUGCUUCAGCUCCUGUAUCGAAAGAAGUCAUGCAGUUUUUCCGUUGCUCAAUGGGAUGUUUGGUUUUUGAAGUAUAUGGUUUGUCUGAACUCGGUGCUGCAGCCAUGACUCUGUUAUCAGAACAUGACAGUGGAUUUGUUGGCCCUCCACUUCCUUGCAAUCAUAUUAAACUUGUCAGCACUCCAGAAAUGUCAUAUUUUGCUGAGAAUGAUGAAGGAGAGAUAUGUGUAAAAGGAGCAAAUGUAUUUUCUGGUUACUUUAAAAAUCCUGAAGCAACAGCUGAAGCACUUGAUGCAGAUGGUUGGUUCCAUACAGGUGAUAUUGGGAAAUGGUUACCUAAUGGUACCUUAAAAAUAACAGACAGGAAAAAACAUAUUUUCAAAUUGGCUCAGGGUGAAUAUAUUGUCCCUGAUGUCACAGAAAGUGCUUACAUGGAAAGUCAUAUUGUGUCACAAGUUUAUAUUGAUGGAAAUUCAGAUCAGGAAUUUAUUGUUGGAGUUGUUGUGCCCGAAAAGCAAGUUUUUCUAAAUUGGGCAAAAAGCAAAGGGUUUCAAGGUGACUUUGAAACUUUAUGUCAAAAUAAGGAAGUAAAAUCAGCAGUUUUAGAUCAUUUAUGGACAACUGGAAAGAAGAGAAAUUUAAGUUCUUUGCAGCAGAUUGGAAAUGUAUUUUUAAGUGCAGAAGCUUUCAGUCAAGAAAAUGGCUUAUUGACGCCCACUCUAAAAUUGAAACGAAGCAGCGCACGAAAGAAAUAUGAACAGAUCUUUCUGACACUGUAUGAAGAAGGAAACCUGCGUCCAUCUAAAUGAUUCUGAAUGUCUUUUUACCUUUUUUAUAAUGUUUAUAAAAUUUAUACUACAAUUAUUCAUAGAAAUUGUUUAAUUAAAUGUGAUGUUUUCUUUUUCUGUUUUUAUACAUGUUUAUAUCUCAAUA